GCUGGUGUCAUUUCCCUGUUAGCACACAUGGCUCUCCGCUUCCUGUAAGUAGGUCUGUUCUACAGGAAUGCACGCAGGAAUAAUUAAAAUCAGAAGAAAAGGCUUUGCGGUUUAAAAGGUCAUGUAACCGUAUCCACAAAGGAAAAUGGAGCGCUUAACAGGAGCAGGUGUGGGGCCGCUGGCUGUAGGCGCAGUAGGGCUGCUGAUCUUAUUGAAAUUGAUCCAAAGAGCAAGAGGCAAGCAGAUUCUACAGGAUAAAAUCGUGGUCAUCACUGGAGCCAGCUCUGGCCUGGGCAAAGAGUGUGCACGGGUGUUCCAUGCUGCAGGAGCGAGGCUUAUCUUGUGUGGACGAGACCAGAAGAGACUGCAGGAGGUUGUUCAGGAGUUAAGGGCCGUGACAGAUGGUCAAAGAAAGACCUAUACGCCCUGCACAGUCACCUUUGACCUCUCUGACAUGGACACAGUUGCCAGGGCGGCAGUGGAGAUCCUGAAGUGCCACGGUCAUGUGGACGUCCUCAUUAACAACGCUGGCAUUAGUUACCGUGGCAACAUCCUAGACACCCAUGUCUCCGUGCAGAGGGACGUCAUGGAGACCAACUACUUUGGCCCUGUUGCCCUGACUCAAGCUAUUCUUCCCUCCAUGGUGGAAAGAGGCAGUGGACACAUUGUAGCCAUCAGCAGCGUGCAGGGAAAGAUAGCCAUCCCUUAUAGAUCUGCUUAUGCAGCAUCCAAGCAUGCGACGCAGGCCUAUUUUGAUUGCCUUCGAGCAGAGGUGGAAAGGUUCGGCUUACAGGUGUCAAUCAUCAGCCCGGGGUACAUAAGAACGAACCUGUCAGUCAACGCUGUUACUGGAGAUGGAUCUAAGUAUGGUGUGAUGGACAAGACCACGGCGUCUGGACGGGACCCAACAGAGGUGGCUCAUGCCGUUCUGAAGGCUGUCCGUCACAGACAGAAAGACGUUCUGUUGGCUGGACCUCUGCCCACUCUCGCUGUCUACCUCCGCACUCUCUGGCCUGCUGCCUACUUCAGAGUGAUGGCCUCUCGUGCCAAGAAAGAACAGAGAAUAAAAGAACAGUAAAAGCAGCCACAGCUAUUUAAGCCACAGAGAGAGAGAAAGAGAUUCAUUCUGUGGAAAUUUACGAAUUACAUUUUGUUUGUAGCAGGUGUGUUUCGACGUGUUUGAUAAAGACACUUUUAUUAUAUAACGUUGUCACGUGUUCCAAAAACAGAAGCUGCAGAAUUUGUAUUUCUGAGAAAUACAGAAGUUAGAGAGCGAUGGAAGUCCAGUAGUGAAGGAUGCCAUAAUGUAAUACAGCUGAGGAAUGAGGAAUAAAACUUAACGUAUGUAAGGUAAGAGGUUGUUAUUAUUCUGCACUUCUGCCUCACCUGCUAAAAUGACAUCCACUUUGGCACCACAGUAACCUAAUCUCUUGAUCUCUUGUCAGUAAUUUCCAUUAAUGUCCAUUUACCAGUUCUUUCCACUCUUAGAGCAAACAAUGUUUAAGAACAUUCUUAAAAUGGUUUGACCUAAAAUCUAAUUCCCCCCUUACCACAAAUGCAGUUUAUGAGCCAAAAUAUGUUUGGUGUCUGAAGCUCACUUCUUUAGUUUUGAACAGAAGCUACAAUGGUAAUGUAGCUAACAAGUAAUGGAAGCUUAUAGCCUCUUAAACAGUGUCUCCAUACUACAUCCAUCUCUUUUAUUUAAACAAAAAAGUGAGUAAAAAUAAUUUUCCGUUAAAUAGGCCCUUUAACUUUCACAGUCAUGUUUACAUCACAAGGUACGCCGUCUUCCGUUUGGUUAAAGCAAAUGCAUGUAAAUGAAAGAAAGUAGAAAACGCUUUAAGACAUCAUAGAUCUAACAAACCCAACAAAAUUUGUCUGGUGAUAUAACACCUUUAGAGGGCGGUGGUGAGUAAUGUUUUUAUUUGAUGUUUGUUAACAAAUUUGAGGGUGGUGCUGAGUAAUGCUUGCUUCUUUGAGCUUGUGCUGUUUCUGUUGUCAUUUAGGGUCUACUAACUAUCAACAGCUAGGAAGAAAGAUAACUAAUCAGCCGAUUUGGGCAUUUUAGGCUUUUACUUUCAUGCCUGUAUACAAUGAACAAAAAAUAAAUUUUUAAUCGCAAUGAUGUAUUUGGCAAUUAAUCAUCAGCUAAUAUAUCAUGAUGACGGUACAUACAGUGUCAGAAACCAUAUAAGCAAGGCUAUUUGAGAUUACUUAGUAAACAACAGUUUGAGGAAAUUGUGAAGGGAUAUAAGCUUCCAUAACUUGUUAGCUACAUUAGCCUUGUAGCUCCAGUGCAAAACUAAAGAAGCAAAUUCAGACACCAAACGUCUUGCUGAUCACCUUUAUUUAGCAUAAAGGCAAACUGUUCAAAUUCGAUUCUUGCCCAAACCUUUGCUCUGAAGUAGAAAACUUUAUAGACAGAGGGUCACUAUUCAGAAUAAAGGGUUUCUAGAUUUCAUGUAACUGACUCGAUCAACAUGUCUCUCCUGCCUUUGGUUACUUGAUGGUGCACCAGCUAUUUUAGGCAUCCCAACCUUUCACUAAGCAGGUAACCUCUACAAUGUUUCAGGCUUUUAGCUUAGGCAGCACUGUGGUAUAUUUUUACUCCAACACGUCCACUGCUUCAGCCUGUGGUCUAAUUCUGCUCUGUACUACCUACCAGCAGUUUACUAACCCAAUUAUCUCCCCUUGAACAAAAGAAACAGAUGCUACUACCAAGCUCUGCUGCAAGAGUUCAGAAGAUAUUAAACAAAUUGAGCAUUUCUUUAAAGACAACAAAUUCCCCCUGAACCGAAAUCUAGAAUACAGCGUUCAAGGUUUAUCGUUUUUAAACCGAGACUGGUGUCCAUGUAGGGUCGAAACCAGUUUUCUCAAAUCCUGAAUGGGAGGGCUUUUAAUGGAGGAAUCCCAGGAAGAGCAACUUAGUCCAAGACCAGGCCUAAUCUGUGCUCAGAAAACAAACUAUUGGUCUGUAAACUGCAAGCUGAUCCCUUCUCUACAGCUUCCUAUAAAGACUGGAAGAGUUCAGCCAAGUAUUGAUUGAUUAAAACAGCACACUAAUAAAGUGAGCAUGUGUGGCUUGUGUUUCUUUUUAGUAGGUUUGCCAUCAAGUGUGAAUGUGGCUAUUGGUCCUGUCUGCUGGUACAGCUCUCCCUUCUCCUGGACUCAUUUGGACAUUUGAAUAAACAUUUAGUGCAGUAAACCACCCUGUAAAAGGUUCUUUUGAAAAUUUUUGUAAACAGCCAAGAUACUAACUGGUAAUUUAGUGCCAGUAACUCUGGAUUUCAGAAGGAACGCAUUGUCACCUAGCUGUAAUCCACCCCAUCAAACCAUGCUGUUUAGACUGAGGGCAGCUUGAAUGUGGUACUAGUCCUAAAAAGGACUUUCAGUGAUUGUUGUUGCUUGGAUUGUGUGAUUUAGUCUCAUCCUGAUCCUUGUCCUGAAAACUUAACCUCUAAAUUACUGAACAUGACUCACAUUUGCUGAAAAGACAGUGAACACAUCUGUGGGAAAUGUAAUAAGGUUUAUAUAAUAACUUCACUGAAGGGCAGCGUUCAUUAAACUAUACGACACCUACAUAAAUCUAAAUAGACAUUUAUAAAGGCUUAUAAAGUCAUUAUAAAGGCUUAUAAAGACAUUUAUAAAGUCUGAACACUUGCUCAGGUGAAGGACAAAAUCAGCCUUUAUGACAAAUGAUGAUUGUUGGGAUAAUACUUUAUAAAAGUUCAAACAGAUUUGUGUAUAUUGUCAUGAAAUUAGAGCUGGUACAAUCAUGAACCUUUGGCUGACAUUUAAUAGAAUAAAAUAAUUGUGAUUCA